AUGAGCUCAGAAGUAGUACCAAAGGAGGAGUCAGACAAGGUCUUUGCCGUCCUCAAGGCUCAAAAGGCCAACAGGAUGUGCUUUGAUUGUCAAGCCAGUAGUCCGACAUGGACGAGCAUCCCGUAUGGAAUCUACAUCUGCUACAACUGCUCCAGCGCACAUCGCAAACUCGGUGUUCAUCUCUCCUUCGUCCGUUCCACGAAUCUUGAUAACUGGCGCACAGACCAGCUACGACGCAUGAAAGUCGGGGGGAACGCUGCGGCGACGGACUUCUUCACGAAGCAUGGUGGUUCGUUGCUCCUCACCGAGAAUAACACGGAGAAAAAAUAUGAUAGCAAGGUCGCUGAGUUGUAUCGUGCAGAAUUGGAUAAGAAGGAGAAGGCAGAUGCAGCUAUGUUCCCUGCUGGUGUUUUUGUUGAAGGUGCAUCCGGUGCUACUACACCUGCGACUGCACCGUCCGAAUCUGCAGACGACUUUUUCGACACAUGGGAUAAGCCUUCCGCCUCCUCCGAUAAACCAUCGAAUGGCACUGCUGUACAGGCAAAACCUCCAGGGAUUGUUCGUGCUGCAUCGUCACCGCCAACUGCGGGCCCUCGUACAGUUACGUCAGCUUCUUUGCGUGCAGGCUCUACUGCGUCUGCCACUGCAAAACCUGCUCGUCUCGGUCUUGGAGCUGCCCGUCUCAACUCUGCCGCAUCUACAACUCCUGCAUCAGGUGGCACAAAGAAAUUGGGAGGGCUUAGAGGAGCAGCAAAGGCUGUUACACCGGUUGACUUUGAGAAGGCACAGAAAGAGGCGGAGGCCGAAGAGGCGCGUAUCAAGCAACUUGGUUAUGAUAGGAAGCGUGAGGAGGAGGAAGCUGCCGCAGCUGUAAAAGCCUCCAUUGCCGCUUCGAUUGCUGCUGUGAAAGCAUCUACCGAGGUCGGAGGGCCGGCAAAGACGGGACUGACUGGUGCUCCAUCUUCUGCUGCUUCCAGUGGCAAUUCACGACUUGUGAGUCAUCAGAAGGGCAGCAGCCAGGACAUGGCACGCCUUGGGAUGGGUAUGAAGCGCCUCGGGCUCGGGUCAGCGUCAGCUACUCCGUCUACGUCUACUCCGUCCUCUCCAGCCAUCACCGACGAAUCUACAGAAGCACGAGAAAAAUUCGGCUCGCAAAAGGCUAUUUCGAGUGAUAUGUAUUUCGGAAGAGGGAUACACGAUCCUAGUCGAUCGGCGGAAGCGCAGGCGCGGUUGGCACAGUUCUCGGGUGCGUCGGCGAUUUCGAGUGCAUCGUAUUUUGGGAGAGACGAGGAAGAGGAGGCUGCUGCGCGUGGGUUAGGAGCUGAUGGAGGGUUGUUGGGUGAUGGGAGCUUGGAGGGUGUGCAGGCUGCAGCUCGUGAUGCUAUUGCAAGGGUUAUGGCUAACCCUGAUGUGCAGAAUGGCGUGGAGAGUCUGAGAGCUGGAGCUAUGAAACUAAGCGAAUACCUAGCACAGAUGGGCGAACGCUGAGGUUGUUUCCGAGAAUAGAGCCCUGUUACAGAACCUUGGAGAGUCUAUAUUCUUUUCGUACUUCAUGUGUAUGCUCUUUUCUAUACAUUUCUCUUUUCUUCUCUC